AUGGGUAAGGGCGAGGUCAGGUUAUACGUUUCUCGCGGGUUUACAGCCGCCAAUCCACGGGAGGAGGCGAUGCGCGGAUGGUGCCACUUGCGCGUUCUCUACCUCUACCAGCGCCUGCUCUCGUUCGUCUCGCGCGUUCAGGAGAUGGCGGCGCUGUUGCGUGUGUUCAACGGGUACGGCCCGCGCAGCAGCACCAACCUGACCUACUGGGGUGUGGCGGGCUGUGCAAACAAUGACAGCUUGGUCCGCUACAAGGAUAAAACCGUCAGCAUGGGAUUGGAUUACCUCACGCUAGGGACAUUGCUCAUGCUCGUGCAGGAUAGCGAAAGGGCAUUGGUGGAGCGCGUAACAGGCAUGGUAAUCAAGUCACCUCUCGGGCUGCCGUCCCCUCGCAAGCCGCACUACAUCGUCAACUUUCUCCCCGGAUACGCCAACGUCGCCAAUCUCGAGGCCUUCAUCGACUUCUCUGCCAUGGUCUCCCCGUCGCUCCUCUCCUCCAUUCUCGAUGGCAACUCUGUGUCGCUGCCGCCCGUCUUUUUCAAUGGCGACCUGCGUGUGGGCACUGUGGUUGUGGUGCCUAUAUUCCGCCAUCUCGUGCCCGAGAACGCAACACUGGAGCAGCGGAGGGCGAGCAUGAGCCCUACUGCGUGGGUCGACCUCAGCUACAUGGGCAACGAGCUACAAGACGUCCUUCACCUGCUGCAUAACGACAGCAGCGCCGAUUCAUAUUCGAUCGCGCUGUACGACACAACCGACCCGCAGCAGCCCAUUCAGGUGCUGGGCCCGGACCCAGUGAAGCUGGAGAGCGGCACCCUCUUCCCCUACGUGCUGCCCGGCCCUGUGGUGCCGGGUCCCAAGCAUGUUGAGCCGUUUCCUGAGGACUUGCUGGGCCGCAAGUAUGAAGCACACUGCAGGUUUGAGGGCUCCUACCCCAGGUGGGACCUGGUUGUUGCUCCCAUUCUGCUGGGCCUGCUGGUGCUGGUGGUGGCUGUGCUGCUGUCCCUCGUGAUCGCCAUGCUGGCGUGGAAGCGAAGGCAGAUGGCAAAGGGGUUGAGAGAGAUGCAGCUGUGUACGGCGGCGUUGGAGCGAGCUGAGAAGUCCAAGAGUGAGACGGUGGCCAACACGUCUCAUGAGCUGCGCACUCCACUCAUCGGCGUGAUAGGCAUGAUAGAGGAGCUCUUGGAGUCGCAAUUGGAAGAGUGGCAGCGUGAGGACCUACGGGUGGCGAGGGCGUGUGCGGGCGAGACGGUGGAGCUCAUCAACCGAGUGUUGGACCUCGCCAAGCUGCAGGCCGGCAGGCUGCAGCUCGAGACUCUCCCGUGCAUCUUGCGCAGCAUUGUCCACGACGCGAUUGCACAUGUUGGAUCGAGCGCGCCAACAGAUGACCCGCAAGUGACAUGCCACGUGGACGAGAGUGUCCCGGAUGUGCUCAUGGGGGAUCCGACCCGCUUGGCGCAAGUCAUUGAAGAGCUCACAGCCCACGCCGUAGGCAACACUGCUGGUGGGCGAGUGGCCUUCCACGUCUUUUGUGUCCCUCCCCCGCGCGCCCCACACGCCUCAACAACCCGCUUCCACCUCCCCUGCGCAUCAGCCACUGCCGCCUUUUCCCCUGCCCCACCACCUCCUCACGCCUCCUCCCGCGCCCCUCACCACCUCCCCCCGGGUUCCCCCGCGUGGCAUCAGCUGUCUGCGUGUGUGCGCCGCUUUCCCCCUGCCACCCAUCUUGCACGCCUACCUCAGCGCCUCGUGGCUAGAGGCAACAGGGGGGCAGGGCAGGCAGGGGGGGGCACUUCUGAGCCGCCUCAAGAGCCGCCCUUCUCCCGCCUCUCGCGCUUUCUCCAGCGCAUGGGCAUGGGCAUGGGGGCUUCAGGCACGGGGGGUUUAAAGGAAGCAAGUGAGGAGGAGGAGGAGGGGGAGGCGCAGGGUGGGAGUGGGCAUGGGCGGUUGGAGGAGGAGGUGAGGGAGUGGGUGGAAGAAGCGUGUGCAGCAAGGGAGGAGGGCGAGUGGGUGGUGGUGAUGGCGUGUGAAGACUCGGGCGGUGGUAUUCCACCCGAGGAGCUGCGGUGGGUGCUGGACCCAUAUGGAGACUCCCACCACGCGGCUGCAGCGCACUCCUCCUCUCAUGCCGCUGUUGCUGGUUCAGCCGGCGGUGAUGGCAACGACAACGAUGACGACAACACCAAGGAUACUUUCUUCCCCCACUUCUUCAGUGGCCGGGGCAGCAGGAUAGCAACAACCGCCACUCUCACGCACGACCAGAGGUCCGCUGCUCGCCCCCGCUGGACGCCCUACCCCGUCCGCUUCCUGCUCUCCACCGCGCUUGUGGCUGAGAUGGGGGGAGACAUGGCAGUGCUGUCACACGCCGCUACAGGCACCACCAUUCUACUGGCGCUGCCCUUGAGGGGAGAAGAGGACAGCAGCAGCUUCGGGGAUUGGGGGGAAGAUGAAGAGAGUGGUGGUGAAAGGGAUGGGUGUGGGUCAGGGAGUGACGGGGAGUGUGUGGAGUUUGCGAGUGCUGCAAUGCCAGACGGCAUGGGACAUGCAAAGAAGGGGAAGGCUCGUGCAGUGGGGGCAUCAGGCCGGGGAAUGACACGUGCGCAAUCUCUCCACAAGCUGCAAGCGCACGGGGAGGGCGCAGCAGACGAGGCGGAGGGGCUGCUGCGAGCAGCACUGGCGGGGCGGGGGGUGGCGGUGGUGGAUGACAACGCGGUGAACCGCAUGGUGGCAAGGAGAACACUGCAGGGCUACGGGGCGCACGUGCUGCUGCUGCCCUCCGGGGAGGACGCGCUGCAGGCACUCUCCUCUGCUCUUGAGGCGCCUCAACAGGCGCCCUCCUCGCCCAUCCAUUCGCUCUGCUCUGCUCUUGAGGCGCCUCCACAGGCGCCUUCCUCCCCGCCCAUCCACUUGUUGCUACUUGACCUCCACAUGCCACCCGGCAUCGACGGGUUUGAGACGGCCCGUCGGGUUCGAGCGAUGGAGGAGAGUGCACAGCGCAGCAGCAGCAAGGCAACACCACAGAACCAGAUGUUAGAGGGAGUCGAAACCGCCAGUGAUGCAGCCGCAGAAGCACCAGCAGCAGCAGCAGCAGCAGCAGCAGCAGCAGCAGCAGCAGCAGCAGCAGCAGCAGCAGCAGCAGCAUCAAGUGCAGUCGAUGCCACCACGGAAGCAGGCACAGCACAGGAUCACCUGUGCAUAAUUGCAUUGACGGCUGACCUGGAUGUGGGUGUGAAGCGAGCGUGCAUGGAGGCAGGCAUGGAUGGGGCAGUGAGGAAGCCGAUUGUGGCACAGGAAUUGCUCGCUGCGCUCAUAACAGCAGGCCUGGCCAUCACCUACGACCCCGAGGUAGAGGAAUCAACGGAGGAAACGCCAUCUUGGGAAUUCUCCGUCUCACAGCUGCCGUUUCUCACGUCUCUGCAGCUCGAGGGAGAGGCGUCGCCGUUCAUCUUGUUUCUUCCCUUGGGAUUGCCGUGCUCCAGGCUGAAGCGGCUGGUGAUUGCGGGUUCCCACUUCCUCGACCGGCUUCCGGACGACCUCGGAGAGAUUCUGCCGUUUCUCCGCGAGCUGACCCUUAGCUGGUGCACAGGACUGACGCGGCUGCCUCAGAAAUUCACGUCGCUGGCCCAGUUAGAGAGCCUGAAAAUCUCAUCGUGCCUCAACCUUACCAGCCUGCCCGACGAUUUCGGCCGCUUAUUUGCCCUGAAAAGAUUGGUGCUGCGCAAUUUGCCUCUAACCAACCUCCCUGACUCUUUCGGGCGUCUAGAAUCCCUGGAGACACUUACCAUGUAUAUGCUUCCCCUCACGGAACCUCCUGAGUCCUUCGCCUUUCUCAAUUCUUUGAAGACCCUCGUCAUGGUGGGUUGCCGCGAGUUGAGGCAGCUUCCAGCGAAUUUCGGUCGUUUGGGAACUCUCAGGACCCUGUGCAUUGUGAAGCUGCCCCUGCUGCGUCUCCCCGAGGGCUUGGAGGGAAUGGCUGGUAUCCAGAGGAUUUUCCCGGAUGUGGUGUUCAACCCGCUGCAACUCCCAGGUUCACUAACCGAGUUGACUUCGUUGACCCGGCUUGACCUGGAUCUGAUUUCGGACGAGAAGCUUCCGGAGGGGAUUGGGAAGCUGAAUCAGCUGCGGCACCUGAGCAUUCAUCGCUGCUUCAAUCUCAGGGAGGUUCCAGAAACUGUGACAGGGCUGACUAAUUUACACACUUUGACAGUUGGGAUGUGCAACGAGCUCGUGUCACUUCCCAGGAAGCUUGAUACCCUUGUAAAGCUUAGGCAGUUGGAGCUGACCGGAUGUCACCCUGCUAUCUGGCAAGACGGACUGCCUGUUUUCCUACCUUCCUCCCUCGAGUCCCUUAGCCUUGGGAGCUACAAUCAGACCGUGCAUCUGCCAAAAUUCCCAAUGCUGCCGAAUCUCAAGAAGCUGACGCUGAAUCUGGUCGAUGUGGAGGGUGGGGGAGCCAGUGUGUCCGAACGUAGUGCAUUGCCAAUGUUGCAGCACCUGGAGUUGGUGUUGGCGGAGGAUGCAACGGAACUGGCAUUCCCCUUGGCGUCUGUCCCUCAGCUGCGAGUUCUGGUCAUCUCUAGGGCUGGUAACAUUGAGAAGCUCCCAGCAAGCAUCGGUGCAGAUCUGAAGCAGCUCCGGCACGUGCAGAUAGAGCAUGCUGCAGAGUUGACGGUGCUGCCAGAAACGAUAUCUCAGCUUCGCCAUCUGACCUCCUUGGAGGUUCAUGCACCCAAGCUGGCCUCCCUUCCCACCAGCAUCGGUGCGCUAUCCAGGCUAAGGGGGCUCGAUCUGUCAGACUGCUCUGCCCUGGAAAACCUCCCUGCUUCUCUCACCCAACUUGGGUGCCUGAACAAGCUGAAUCUUGGACACACCGCCAUCCGCUCGCUUCCAGUGAACUUUGCCCAGCUGACCCGGCUCAAGAGCCUGGACUUGUAUGGAUGUGCACGAUUGGAGAGUCUGCCCGAAGAUUUCUCUGAGCUUGAGGUGCUGCAGUUCUUUAGGUUUGGUGGAUGCACGGAUGAACUGAACAGGGAACGAGAACAGGACUUACGACGCCAUGGCAUGUAUGGGUUGACGGUUCAGCGUUACUAG